AUGAAGUCCUUGACUGAUGGAACUAAUGGUGGAACAUAUGAUCCUUCUGACGUUAACAGCCCAAUCAACAUCGAUUCGCCAACCAUAUUUAACAAUAUCGGAGAUUUGAGGCAAUUCGAUUUAUUAUCAGAAACUUCAACCCCGGAAAUAAAUAUAAACAAUAAAUCUAAAGUAAACAUUUUAUCCAACAUUCCAGUAAAGUACCACAAUUGUAAUAUUCAAGGAUUUAGUUCCAUUAAGCAAACAGAAUUUAAGGAGUUAAUUCAACAUCCAGUUCUUCAAGAUUUCGAGGAUGAUAUUGAGGAGCUAGUAAUCAAAUCUGAUUUCGGUCGUGAUCAGAAUACAUCUAUUAGACAUCGAAACCAAAGAAAACGUCGAAGUAAUUGA